AUGGCAGUCUGGCGCAACCUGACCUCCAGCGACAUCGAGGGCCUCAUGCGUGUUGCAGAUUGUGUUCAUCCCGGCUUGCCGGAAAGCGCUCAAAUGUUCGCCGAGCGUGUUAAGCUUUAUCCAGAGGGUUGCCUGGCCCUUGAGGAGGAUGGCCAGGUCUGUGGCUAUGCCAUUUCGCACCCCAUUCGACAGCACCAUCCACCCGCCCUAGAUAGCCUCCUGGGAGAGAUAGCCCCCGAUGCCAACCAGUACUACAUCCACGACGUCGCGAUCUUGCCCGGACUUCGUGGACGCGGCCUUGCGACCGAGUGCAUCGACCGGCUACUUGUGGUCGCUAAGCGCUACCCAACUACUAGUCUAGUCUCGGUCUAUGGCACCGAAUCAUUCUGGAGCCGUUUCGGAUUCUUGCCAGAGCCCGCGGGUGAAGAAUUCCGGGAAAAGUUGCGUGACUAUGGAGAAGAUGCUAUCUACCUCUGGCGGUUGAACGGUCAAAGGGAUACUGUUGGCUGA